GCCUUCACCCGGGCCGACGUGGGCUUGGCCCUGGGGACCCUCUACGGCAACGUCUUCUCGCAGACCACCAUCUGCCGGUUCGAGGCGCUGCAGCUGAGCUUCAAGAACAUGUGCAAGCUGAAGCCGCUGCUCAACAAGUGGCUGGAGGAGACGGACUCCAGCACGGGCAGCCCCACCAACCUGGACAAGAUCGCGGCGCAGGGGAGGAAGAGGAAGAAGCGGACCUCCAUCGAGGUGAGUGUCAAGGGCGUGCUGGAAACGCACUUUCUCAAGUGUCCCAAGCCGGCCGCCCAGGAGAUCUCCUCGCUGGCAGACAGCCUGCAGCUGGAGAAGGAGGUGGUGCGGGUCUGGUUCUGCAACCGGCGGCAGAAGGAGAAGCGCAUGACGCCGGCCGGGGUCCCGCACCCCCCCAUGGAGGACGUUUACGCACAGGCGGACACCUCGCCGCUGCACCACGCGCUGCCCGGCGCCGUGCAGUGA